GUCUCAAAACGAGGAGGUGUGAAGCCGUACAGUUGACUGGUUGCUAAGCAACACUUGUACAAGACCUUGUAAUUGUACAUAAGCCAAUACCAAUAAACAAACAAGAGAUGUCUUCCAAUGUAACCGAUGAAAUUGAUGAGCUCAAAAGAAGGAUUGCCCUCAUAGAUGGAGAUAGGAAGGCUUACUCUGAGAGCUCCCAAUGGGCCAUCAAGCAGAACAAGGAACUCAUCGCUCAACUCAGGGCAGAGAAUAAACAGAUCAGAACAAAGCUAUCCAACCGAAUGAAGGCUGAUGAUGAUGUGGUGGGUGAUGUGUUCCAAGCACACAACACUUCAAUACCGGCAGAGCUCCACGGUCUCACUGGGGAGGCUGCACUGAAGAAGUUUGACCAGACUAUCUGUGAGAUGAUCAAGAAACGCAAUGCAUUGCAUCACGUGAAACGCUCUCGAGAGAAAACACUGUCUCACCUAGAGAUGCAAAUAUCUCACAUGGACAUGGAGGAAGAGAUGAUUCUUUCAACACCAGCGGGUGAUUCUGAGGAGGCUAAACAACUGAGGCAGUUGGAGAACAGACUGGACAAAGCUGUCAUCAAAAACAACGAGGCAUCGCACAUUCGAAAAACUUAUGAGGUUAUACUACAAAAGUUGCAGGAAGAGAGGCUGGGAUUUGACAGGGAGAUUGCUGAUCUUGAGAAGGCCAUCAAAACGAGAAGCAAGGAUUUGAAAGAACUGGAAAACAUGUGCAACGAUGCACAGCUGGCCAGAGACAUGGCAAAGGCUGAGUUAUCUCGCCAAGAGCAGAGCAUGACUGAGUCUCGGAGAGAGAGAGACAAAGUGCUGGCUGAGUACCGGAAGCAGGCAAACGAGAAGAAAGACUUUGCUGAGAAAGUGGAUCGCAGGUUGAGACGUACUUCAGUAGCUCAAUCUGUCGGCCUAUCGGCUAUAGGACAGACAAACACAGCUCAAGAAGUGCAGGAGGCAAAGAUCUCAUCCUACGAAGAAGCUCUAGCCAAGAUCAAAGAUGCCACUGGAGUGUCAGACAUCCAGGAGGUGGUGGAUAGGUUCCUGAACCAGGGGGACACUAAGAGACAUUUGGAGCAGCUGAGAGAGGAGAACACUAAGGUGGUGUCACGGCUCAAGGAGGAGAGGGAGAAGCUGCAGGCACAGUUUGAGGACCUCAAGUACUCGGGAGAGGCAAAGAUGUCUACUGGUCAGCGUAUGCUUGAGGAGUUCCAAGGUCACCUUGACGAUGCCAAGAGGAAGUGUGCUGAGAGUGAGAGUAAAACCAAGAGUGCCAAUAAACUGUUGGGACAGGUCAACAACGGAGUGGAGCAUCUCACAGAGAAGAUGCAGCACAUCAAAGCACCUCACUCUCAUGCCCUGAAGCCCAAGCUCUCCCCUGACAGUGAGGAGUAUGUGAUAGAACAGCUGAGCAGUGUGGAGGGCAAGUUAGUGAGUCUAGCGGAGGAGCUCUCUAGUAGGGACCUGGACACUGUCCACAAGGAGAUGGAGGACGAGGAGUUCCGCCAUGUUGUCGAGGGCGGUAUGGCUGGCAAUGUGAAGGUGGACCUACCAAAGAUGGGCUCACGACAAAUGUUCUAUGACGAGGACAGUGGUAGCGAUGAGGAGUUUGUGAGCAGAGAUCUCAUGAAGAAAACAACCACUGCUCUAGUGGAGUCUAAGACAAAGGCUAAACCUCAGGACGAUGACGAUGAGGCUGAUGCUAAGAAGAAAAGAAAGAGAUGAACUUACUAACUCAACAUGGACACUCGGACUGUUUAAUUAUUGAUUAUGUAUACAGUUUAUAAAUUCCUUUGUUAACGUAACUCUCUUAUCUGUAUACAUGACUGUGGUUCUAACCAAGAAUGCUAUUAUAUUAUAAG